AUGGCCGACCAACCCGUAACGCUGCGCACGCGCAAGUUCAUUCGUAACCCUCUUUUGGGCCGAAAGCAGAUGGUUGUUGGUGACAGCGACGUUCUUCACCCAAACCGCGCAAACAUCUCCAAGGAUGACCUCCGCGCAAAGCUCGCUGAGAUGUACAAGGCGACCGUUGCCCAGGUCAACGUGUUCGGUCUCCAAACCCAAUUCGGUGGUGGCAAGACAACCGGUUUCGCUCUCGUCUACGAUUCUCCCGAUGCCCUGAAGAAGUUCGAGCCUCACUACAGACUGGUUCGUGUUGGAUUGGCCAGCAAGAUCGAGAAGCCCAGCAGACAGCAACGCAAGCAACGCAAGAACAGACAGAAGACGCUCCGGGGAACAGCAAAGGUCAAGGGUGCCAAGAAGAAGAAGGACGCAUAG